CACCGCCGUUGGCGGCUUCAGCCGUUGAUCACCAGGUCCCAGACAGUGAUUCCCUGCCGGCACCUGGCGAUCGCUGAGUAUCACUUAUGGGGGAGAGGUCUGUAUGUAAACAAUACAGAUCUCUCCCCUGUCAGCUCCAGCAAACUGCCUUGUAUUGCUCUGCAUAGCAGAGCAACUGUAAAACACACACAAAGCACACAAUAAACCAGCACACAGUUAACCCUUUGAUUGCCCCAGAUGUUAACCCCUUGCUGCCCAGUGCCAUUAGUACAGUGUCAGUGCUUUUUAUUAGCACUGAUCACUGUAUUAGUGUCACUGGGGAUGUCAGUGAGCAC